AUGUCUUCUCUCUCAAUAUCUCUCUCAUCUAUACAAGAUAGAAUUUUACGUUAUAUAUUUCCAAUAUCUUUAACAUUGGGUAUUAUUGGAAAUCUAUUUAUUAUCAUCAUCUUCACUCGAAAACAUCAUCGAAAAAAUCCAUGUUCACUCUAUUUAUUAGUUGCUUCUCUCUUUAGUAUCAUUGGUGUUAGUUGGGGAAUUGGAUCAAAUAUGUAUGCAAGUUAUUAUCCACCUGAUCCAUUUACUCAAUCACUUUUCCUUUGUCGUUUUCGAGCUUUUAUUUUACAAUCUUCAAUCCUUAUAUAUAAAAUAGUGAUAACAUUAGCAUGUAUUGAUCGUUUUGCAUUAUGUUCAACGAAUAUUCGAAUACGAUCUUUCAGUACAUCGAAAAUGUCAAUCAAAGUUAUUAUUGUUGGUAUUCUAUUUGGUUUAUUUAUCUCAAUACAUCUACCACUUAAUCAAACGAUACAAAAUAACCGAUGUUUUGUCAUUGGUACAUAUGGAUUAUUUUUUAGUAUUUAUCAAAUUUGUAUUUAUGGUUUAAUUUUGCCAAUUAUACAGAUUAUUUUCGCUGUUCUAAUCGCGAAAAAUUUGAAAAAAGUACGUAAUCGUGUUCAACCUCAAAUACAAAGCGACAAUGAGUCAAGAAAUGUUCUUUCUAGACGUGAUAUGUCUUUAAUCAAACUUGUCUUAGCUGAAACUAUUGUUGGUAUGACUCUUACGACUUUCUAUCCAAUAAAUAGACUUUAUACUGUCUUAACAAGUAAUAUACCGAAUAAAAGUGUAGAUCAAAAUGCAAUUGAAUCAUUUUUGGGUUUCAUUUGUCUUAUUCUUUUAUUAUAUUUAAAUUAUUGUGUUAAUUUUUAUCUUUAUAUAAUCAUCUCGAAAGCGUUUCGACAUGAACUCAAAAGAUUUAUUUUACAAGUCAUCAAACGACAAGAUCGAGAACAUACAACUAAUGGUUCUCUUGGUCCUAUUCAACGACGAAUAUAG